UGUGAGUGAAGUCGUCUGCUAUCGUUGGAUAGAUUGUUGACUCGGUAGUUGGGAGUUAAUCUCACCGAAUUUACUAUUUUUAUAUUGCGACGUUUGAUAUUUUGUCAGUCGGACUUCAUAAAUAUAUUUAAAUAUUGUGUUACAUUAAUCCAACUUUUUAUAGAACCAGUUAUUUUGAAAGUACUGCCAGGAGCAACAGCUGAUCUGGUGAAUAUAUUGCAAAAUGAGGGACUUGAACUGCAACUCGGCUUGUGACGCUGUCUACAAAGAAGUGGUGGUUAUCGGUAAUGGACCGUCAGCCCUAGGUCUGUCAUACAUGUUAGCCGGACAUUUGCCAUACUACAAUGGCCUACCUCAUCCGACAGAUGAUAUGUUGACAGCUAGACUACAAGCUAUUUCCACCACACGACCACUCUUUACACAGGACUUGGAGUUUCUAUCACAGGGUCUGGAGGGCAGGUCUACCAACCCAGUGUCCGUACUGAUGGAUCACCUGACCCAUCCUGCAGCAGACCUGGGUCUAGACACUCCUCCAUUGGUGGAGUGGAGACCUCACCCGGACAGUGCAGUAGACCACAUAGUGCUCGGGAAGGGGCCACCCGGCGGAGCUUGGCAGGCGAUGGACGGCAAUGUGUUGACAAUCAGCUUGUCCUCGUGGAUGGAGUUGCCCGGACUGGAGUUCCGUAAGUGGGAGAUGCUCCACAACGGAGGCACGUCCACGACAGUGCGACGUGUUCCUGUCGCAAGUGUGGCAGCUUACUACCGCGACUACGUGCGACUCAUGAGGCUGGGCAAGUACCUGCGUAACAACGUGGUCGUCACCUCCGUCCGUCGUUUGCCUCCUCUGAACCUGAAGAAGGAUUGCUCGUGUGCGUCAGCGCAGUGGUCGGUGGAAGGUUACGACACUGAGACCCACAAGCCAUUCAGCUAUGUCUGUCGCUCUGUCGUGAUGGCAACAGGGUCAACAGACCAGCCGAACAGACUCUGCGUACCUGGGGAGAUGGAUAACACGUCGUGGGUGUUCCAUGACUUGGCUGCUUUUGAGAAGGCUCUCGCGCAGUUUGUCAAGGACAACCCGGGAAUCAAGGAUGGUUCUCGCAGUGUCGACCCAGUCUGUGUAGUUGGUGCUGGACUCAGUGCGGCAGACGCAGUGUUGGCUUGCAGGUUCCACUCGGUUCCACUGAUCCAUGUUUUCCGACGCAGUGGAAUCUCCCCUGAACACGCUUUACCUGAGAACAUGUAUCCUGAAUACCACAAGGUCCGUGAGAUGAUGAAUGCAGGAGGUCGAGGGUACGCAGGCUACGAGGCCUACCCUCACCACCGAGUCACUCACAUCGCCUCCGACAGCCACAAGGUGUCCAUCAGUUCACCUUCAGGCCACCAGAGUGUGCUACAAGCCUCGCUCAUGGUCAUCCUCAUAGGAUCUCGUCCGGACUUGUCGUUCCUCCCAGCGGAGUUCCACGACGGUCAGACUCUCGCAGUGGACCCUGAACAACCGCUGGACUGUCGAUCCAACCCCCUCGCAGUCGACCCUUGGACACACAAGGUGUUAGGUGUGGGUGAGGGAGUGUAUGCGGCCGGACCAUUGGUAGGUGACAACUUUGUACGCUUCCUCCUGGGCGGAGCAACUGCCAUCACAGGCGACCUCCACAGACGAAGGAAGCAGACGACGUGACGAGAUACAAGCGAAAGACGCUUGUUGGUGUAGCACCAUCUGUGAUGUACAUGGUAUUGCCUCAGUUUUAGUCUAGGUCUCAAAGCAUUUGUAUACAAAAUUAGUGUUAGGAUUAGUUUAGUUUUCAAAAUUUGUUAUUUUAUCCACAACGUAAUGUGUUAUACAGAAUUUUUUUAAUUUAAGACCUAAAGAAAUCUCAGAUAUUUUUUACAACAAUUUGAAAAUACAUAUAGCCUAUGUUGUUACUCUUGAAAGUGUAGGAUUUUAACUGUACCUGCUAAAAAAAUUACAAAAAAGAGUUUUAAAAAGUUAUGAGAACAGUAAUAAAUUCUCUCUUUGCAUUAGUUUUCCUUCAAUCCAUAUUGAAUAGUCUAUGAAAAAAGAAAUAUUAGAUUAUAUCAAAUCAUUUUUCCUUAACAACUGAGUUGUUGUCUUAACUCUUAAUCAGCAUAAAUGUAUGAACAAAUUAGAGGUAUGGACGGUGAUGUAAAUAUUGAGGAUAGCGUAGGAUGUAUAUAAACUGUGACUAAGGCCCUGUGAUAAAAAAGAUUGACAACUUAUAUUAAUGUUUGUUACAAUGCUGUAUUAUUUAUUUAGACAUAUUAAAAAUACUGUGUAUUCAAUUAAUAUGAUUUGUAGCUUUUUUUAACUAAAUUUUGUGAACAUCAAUAUGAAGUAUAGGCUAGAUAAAAAAAAAUGUUACUUUAUUAGUGAUUAUAUAGAUGAAAUAAUCUGUUACUUUUUGACUUUUAGAAUUACAUAGAAUUACAUGAACAAUUUUUUAAAUUUUUGUUAAUUUUAUAGGAAGAAACUUUAAUAAUAUUUGCAAGUAGGCUAAGCAUUUAAAGUCAUACCAUUAUAUUUUUAAAAUAUACCCUUAACUGAAGAUAAACUAUGGUUUAAAGUCUAAUGAAAUAUCAAUUUAUAGAUUUUUAUUUUCAUUAUUAUUAAUUUUAUAUUUAUUGUUAAGUUUAAAUAAAUCGGUAUGUUGUAUUUUUUCUAUGAUCUGCUUUUUAUAUUAAAAACUAGGUAUUACAAAACAAAACUUACUGUAAUUUAUUUUGUCUUAUACUUUUUACUAUUUUUAUACUCUGUUAACAAUAAAUCAAAUAAUAUUUAGAAAAAUUUUCUUAAGUGUCUAUAAGUGUUCUGUUUUAAGAGAGAAUGCAAAUUGUUAUGUAGUUGCGAUAGCUUAACUGAGAAAUGUUUUUUUUUCUUCAAGAAAGGUGUUUCAUAGGUUACUGAUAAAAAGGUUUCAGACGGAAUUUUCAAAGGAAUAAAACCCCAAGUAUUAUUACCUGAUAAGCUAAACAAAAAGAUAAAACCAUAUAGAAUGUAUGAAAGUAUACAAACGGUUAAACCUCCUAAAAUAGACUUGUUGAAAACAUUAUAUUUGUUGGAAAUUGUGUAAUAUAAAUUGCCUGAAACAUGUUUUAAAUGCCAGUUCUUGUAAAUUAUGACAACAUUUUUGUGCUGUAUUUUUCCAAUUUUAUGAUUUCAAUAACAAGAGUGUGUUUCAAUUAAAUUGUCAUUUAUUUAUUGCCGUGUAUAAAUAAAUAAAUAAAUGUUAAAAGUAAAAUACUAAAUUAAUAGUUAGCAACUCAACUCAUUACAGAAUUACAUAACUGUAAAAAUAAACAUGUAUCCAGCUAAAAAAACUAACAACAGUCAAAUUGGAAAUUUUGUUUAGCUCAUUUGCUGGAAAGCUGUUCAUCAUUGAGGUGGUCAAUUAAAGUAGUAUUUAUAAAAAAUAAUCAUUCAACUCUACGUUUUCUUCAGUAUUGAAUCUCUUUGCUUUAAAUACACUCACAUUCAUUUGAAAAGCUUCUUGAAAUGAACCUAGACAAACAAUGACUCAUAGAAACCGGGGUUAUACGGCAUCAAAAAGAAAUCUCUAAACCUAAACUAAAAGAGUUCUUGAAAGUAUACUCAAACUAUUUGUUACUAUUAUUUUUUAUUAUUUUUGUACAGAUGAUUUAAAAAUGCAUUUCACAAGACACGUACAAUAUCCAACAUUUAUUAAGAAAUUUGUUAAAGAAUAUGAGGAAUGGAGGAGGAAAUUCUAAUUGUAUUUUGUAUCCAUCAUUCCAUUGAGCUAUGCUAUUUUGACAUGACAAAUUGGAAUAUGAUGUUUAAUUUAUAAGAAAAAAAAUGUUGACUUAUUUAUCUAUAAAAUUUUUAUUCAAUAAAUUCAAUUUAUAACUA